UAGGAUGAUGAUCGCUCCCCCCACUCCGCGCGCGCCAACAAUCACACGCUUUUGAUUGCCAUGACGCUGGCACAGGCAGGCAUCCGUAGAGUAGAUGCUGCAGCCUGCAGCAGCACCACCAUACCAUCAUCCACGCUUCGCGCGCUACGCCCGCGCUCGUCAUGCAUGGAACCAUUGCAGUGCAGCGCGGCCCAUCGUCCCCCCACUACUACGUACAGGCGCCCUUGCCCGCUUAGGCGUUCAGCCCAAGAAUCGAGUCUUGUAUCAACAAUCGAGCCUAACUUACGUAGUAGAGUACACGCGCGCGCCGAAGAAGCCGUCUAAAGUAUUUGUAGAGUCACCUAGCCUAGUAGUAGUAGUAGUAGUAGUAGUAGUAGUAGUAGUAGUAGUAGUAGUAGUAGUAGUAGUAGUAGCAGUUAGAGGGAGUAGCAGCCAGCAAGCAACGAGCGCCCGCGCAAGCAAAAACACAGGCCCGCCGGCAUCUGAGGGCAGUGCCGGGCUAGCGGAGGCGCGAAAGGCGGGAAGGCCAUGGCGGCGCUACGCGACACGUGGGACGCGCUAGCGGUGGUAGGGCGAGGCAGGGCAGGGCAGCGCGCUCGCAGUCGCGGGACAGCUGG